CCUCAAUAGGCUGGGGCCUGGUUCACGUCCGUAUACAGUAUCCUUCCUUCCUUUAGGAAAACAUGAGCGAGAAUGGGCCAGUCUCACUCAUCAGAGCCAGCGAGGGAGGUUCCCAUAGAGCACCUGAGCCAUGAACUGGCCCUCCGCUUUGCGUCCAGAUGUUUCACUCCUCUGGAGAUUACUCAUUACAAGGACAACUUCAAAACAUUGGCCGACCACCAGGAAGAUGUCGAGUACUGGAAGGAGGAGACCUUGUGUCGCUUCCUGGCCUUACCCGACCUUCUCAAUGCGGGGCCAGUACUCUAUCACAUGUGCACCUAUCUGGGAGCAUUCCCAUUUCCCAGUCUGGCACCUUGCAUAUUGACCAGGGAAGCAAUGUUGAAAGUAAUCACCAUCAUGACCGGUAGGUAUAAAAAGAUUUUGAAACGAGGGGACCAGGAUAAAGUGAAGCUACUGUUCCGAAGUCUGGCUGUCUUCGACCGGAGUGCCAGCAUGUCGUCGCCCACACAGGAGCCCAAGAUGGAGGACAUCAUCAAGGAACAACUUCCGGAAGACAUGUUGAGAGAACAGGAGAUUGAGAAAGGGACUACUCCUAGUACUUCGGGCUUUGCUGUCGACGAGCCUGCCAAUGAUGAUGAGGACGAGGACGAAGACGACCUCGCCCUAGCCGCCCUGGAUACGCUGGACGCCAUUGAGGUUUUCAAACAUGACCAGAAGACGGAUCGUAAAAUCCAUCAUGCCAUUAUCCCCGUCGAGAACCUGAAGAAACUCGUGAUGCUGCUUCUGUUGAUCGCCGGAAUAGACCCUCUGACUCCCAUGGGAUUACUUGGCCAGAGCUUGAACCCAGAACGAUUGCACGCUCUGAGUGUUGCAGCCGAUGCCAUCAUUGCGGCUUUCGACCCUGACCCUCAGACCAAUGGCAUCGGAUAUACGAACUUUGUCAAGACGGCCACGACCACUCUGCCUUGGCUCUUCGAACCUUUCAGUCCACUGUUUGAACAUUUCUUGUUCAGCAAGAACAUCAAUCUCAACAAACAUCGCGGCGAGCCAGAGCCAACCGUUCCACCUGAGCCUAAGCCGUCCCCUAUAUACAGGUCGGAGGAGGACGAGAGCGACAACGACUCGAUCUUCAAUGACACGCUUCUAUCCCAGAUCUCAAUGUCGCUCAAACUCUAUGCCCCCACCGGUUCGCUCGUCAACAUAUUCACCUCCGGUGCGAGAUUCAAUCAACUGUAUUCGACGUCUUCACAUGGCACUUCUCUCAGCUCCUUUUCGAGACAAGUCCUCUCAUGGCAAUCGGGGACUAUCGUGCUCAUCUCCGGCAGUCUGCCCGACACUGAAACUGCCAACAAGUCGAUCACGCUGGCCGCAUACCUUCCGGAACGGUGGCAUGAUCCCAGCUCCGGGCCCAGAGUGACAGCAGCAUCGCGCGACCGCGACCCUUCGGCGCCCAGAGCUUGUCUAGUCCAGCUUCAACCCAGGCAGGCAGUCUUCCCCGAAAACCCCUACAACCGCACCAUGAAUGUAUCGUAUUUCUCGAGUAAGACGGGCAUUGCAUUGGGCUGCGUGAUUCCGCAGCAGUCGCGCACGCAUACAGUCUCUCAACCACCGGUGCUGGGUCCCGUCAGUCUGUUGAUAGAUACGGAUCUGUGCACAGCCACGUUUCAGCAUAACGGCGAUGCAGGAAGCGGCGCGUUCGUGACCGAUCCUGGUUUGGAGACCGCGCAGGCCCGCCACAAGGACGCUACUCAACCGAAGAAAAUCACUUUUGACAUUGAUAACCUCGAGGUCUGGGGAAUCAACUUCCCCUCGGGUGAAACAGAGGACGAAGUCACAAAGCAGAAGAAACGCCUUGCUUGGGAAGAGGCCGAGGCUGCCAGGAGACGGGGCGUAAAUUUCGGAGGCGACCAGGAUGCUGCAAGGGCUUUGCUGGAACUGGCGGGUUUGGUCGGUGACAAGGCUGGCAAUCGAAGCGGCGGAUCGGUUUGAUCCAGAUGCUGGGCGGACUACAAGUCGAUAGGACGUACAGUACCUGUUAUAACUACAUAUUAAUGACAGAGUAAAGCACUCGAGGAAGCAG